CUCUCCAUUCCUGGCGAGUCGCGCGACCAAAUAAUAGUCGUAAAAAUUCCCGCUCCUAUUUUUUUCCUCUCUCUCGCAUCCUUCCCAGGGAGCGAGCGAGGGGGCAUCUCUCUUUCCUCUCGGAGAGCGGGAGAAAAGUUCCUGCGAUCGAGAGGAAUGUUUGAGGAGAUCUCAAUGGGAGCGAGGGCGACGAAGGGAACGGCGGCGGAGGAAUGGGGCCACCUCCUCCGUCCCUCUCAUCCCUGGGUCCAUUCGUAGUCUUGGCGAAGAGAAACGAAAGAUGGCUCUUUUACUUCUGGAUUUCUAGGGGUUCGUUCGAUGUGGGCUUUGUCGGGUGGUGGGAUGGAUCUCGGUCUUCUGGAUGAUAUCAAUAGGCGGCUGCUGGAAGUGAGGGGGAGUCGAGCGGGGAAGCAGGUGCAGCUCUCGGAGGCGGAGAUCCGGCAGCUCUGCGUCGUGUCGAGGGACAUCUUCUUGCAGCAGCCCAAUCUUCUCGAGCUCGAGGCGCCCAUCAAGAUUUUCGCCUUUUCUUGGUGCAAGGCCAUGAGAAUGUGGAUCGUGGUGUGGAUGAUGCAAAUCUACUGUCAAAAAAAAGCUGCAAUGGCUCUUUCAAGGAUGUCCGAGCCCAAAAUUCCACCAAUGUUGCUGAGUUUUGUUCUUGAAACAGGAUAGCCGGCAUGCAACACGCCUUGAUCUCUGCGUACAUUAGUCAUGGAUUUGCUUGUGUUAAUUGCAUCAUCAGUUUCGCUCUUAAGAGAUGUCUUAUCCUGUGAGUUUUCUCAUUCUUCUGAAUUCCAAGUCUGUUGAAGAAAUUCGGAAUUAAUUUCAAGAGAUUUGAAUCAUGUAAUAACUGAUAUUGUUCUGUAGACUUAAUGUAGAUUACAUAUUGCUUCGAGGUCCCUUGUUACUCUGGGCAUUGAGUAUAUAGCGAUGGUUGCAUCCUGCUCCUAUGUUGGCAUGCUGUUUUUUCCAGUCAUGCUGGUUCACAGUGGUCUACCGGAGAUCGGGUGGGGCGGUGGGAGAACUACAUGGCAGAUGAGAUCCAUCAAGUAUUCAACUUUCAAUUUUCGUGGGACAUGGCAUGCAGGUAUCCAGGUACUGGCCCUCAGAAAUCAGGACUGAUUUGCUUUGGUUCGAUGUGGAUCCGACUUGAAGGUUGGUGGGCAAACAGAAAUCCAGCUGCGACUCGCGGAUUGGAAUAGUGAAUAAAGCCGAUAGAAACAUUUCCAAUGACAUUAACAAACCUGGUGGGCAUUAAGAUUUACAGGAGUGCAAAAAUUGCUUCGCGAGAAACUAUGAUUUUUAUCAGGUUCCGACUUUGACCAGGCUAGUGAUUAGUCUGGCUAAUCAUUCUGGAAAGAUAGAGACCUGACCGCCAGCAGGAUAGUUUCCCCUUGUUGGCAGAAUCUGUUUUACAGGUGAAUGUUCUAGGUAAUUUAGCACGGCUUAGGAUGGGUGUUUAGUUUAACAUUAGAGGCUUUAGCAUAAUAGCAAAUUCACAGUCUA